UUAAUUAAAUAUCUAAAUUAAAAUACAAACCAGAUGAUAAGAUAUUGAGCCAUAUCCAAACAUCCCCUUGAAUAUCACAGGCCCAAAAUCUAACCAAUCAUACCCUCAGCCAUAACUUCUUAAAAUAUCUCUCUCUGAGGGCCAAACUAGCCUUAAAGGAGCAUAUCAGAGGCCACAUGCAGAGGAAUCAGAAAAAUAUUUGCCAUGUAAACGAAUAAAAACAAAGGUACCUGGUGUCUCAAAAAUAGUGAGGCAAAUUCAAUAUCCAAGUUGUGAGCCACUCAAAUAUGAUCGUGCUUCUUUUUCAGUGGAGCCCCCUUUUCCUCUUUUCUUCUGAUGAAUGACAACACAUUAGAACCCAUAGAGAGAGAGAGAGAUAUAGAGCAAAAAUACGAGAUUUAAGGUACUCAUGGAACUUCUUGUACUCAACCACUCUUUUCCUUUAAUUGAGCUUUUUUUUGAAGCAUUGGUUGUGUGUGGUUCUCUUUCCUUAUCCCAUUCCUUAAAAUCCUGUUUUUUCUUUCUCGCAAACCUUUUUCUUACAAAAACAGAAUCUGCAUUAUCUACUUUCCCGUUUCAUAUCAAUUAUAAUCACCAGUUAUCUUUAUAAUAUAGAAGCAUGACUGAUAAAGAGAAUGGCUUGCGCUUGCCUGAGGACCCAGGAUGGUCUGAGCUAAAGCUUCCAGAUAUGUUGUUGGCCAAUAGCGUACGUGAAGCCCAUGCAAGAAUUGAGGCCGAAUGGGAUUACCUCCAACGCUCGGCAUGUCAAAUGGCAGCAGGAAGAGCGCUUUGGAGUCAUGUGAUCCAUGAUCCACUAGCAGGGUUACUUGCAGGAGAGGCCUGCCUCAGAAACCUUCAUGAGAAGAUAAAGAAAGAUCGAAGCAACAAUGCAAGAGAGAUUUCUGGAGUGAUUCUUGCUGUUCGUACACUCUGGUUUGAUUCAAAAAUUGAAGGUGCUCUGUCAUCCUUUAAUGGCAGAGACUCACAGGUUGUUCUCCUCGGUGCAGGAAUGGAUACGAGGGCUUACAGAUUAAGUUGCUUGAAGGAAAGUGAUGUCUUUGAAGUUGAUUUCCCUGAAGUGUUACAAGUGAAAACCGCUCUUCUAAAGACAGCAAUAGAAUCUCCGUAUGGGCACCAUCAUCAACAAAUGGCAAAAUCGUUAAACAGAAUAGCAGCUGACAUCAGAGGUAAUGACUGGCUUGAAAAGCUUCAAUCAGCUGGUUUUGCAUCAGAGAAGAAUACAGUGUGGGUUCUUGAAGGAUUACUCUACUAUCUUACCCACUCCCAGGCGAUGCAAGUACUGGAGACAAUAGCUGACAAAUGCACCAUAACCCCCACAGUCCUCUUAGCAGAUUUUAUGAACAAACCCUCAACCACUCUUUCAAAUUCUAUCUUCCACUUCUACUGUGAUUGGCCUGAUCAUUUACUCCCAUCCCUAGGAUUUUCCAACACCAAACUAUCACAGAUUGGCGACCCAGAUGCUAACUUUGGGCUUGUGCACGAUCCAUUAAAUCUCUUCAAUAAAAUCCGCAGUUUACCAAGGUCAAUGCAGACUCACCCUGAUGAUGGAAAACCUUGCUGCCGCUUGUAUUUGGUACAGGCUUCUGGUUCACCACAUCUACCACCCCUCCCAUAAAGAAAAUCCGUAAGGAGGAUGAAAAUCUCUGAGUAGGUUGGAUGGAUGCUAGACGACACAUCUACCUGCUGCAUGCUUCAUUAAAACCAUUCCAUCGAGAGAAUAUGUCAUAUUAUAUUACCCAAGGUCUCUGCACCAUACCAUAUGAGAGGUGUAGUUAUACACUGUUUAUUUGAGUUUAUAUCAUAUGUAAACUAUGCAAUUAGAACAAUAACUUGGACCUAAAUUGUGUUUUGUGAAAGGACUACAUUACAAGAAUUCCCCAUAACGUUCACACUUCUCAAUGUGAAGAGAUCGAAUAUACAGA